AUGCAGCCGGAAACAGUCCUGCAAGCAGCCUACCUCCCCGGGAAGAAACCGCCACCGGCCGCCGCCGCCGCCGGCAUGGGACCCCGACUCAACGGCAGCAGCCUCCGGGACCACCGGCCCGCGACGUCUUCUUCCUCGACGCCGCCGCUCGUACGCGGCACCCACCACCACCACCGAACCACCAGUUCCGUGUCACACGCGGCGCCGCGGCCGCCCCCGCGCGCCCGCAGCCACAGCACCUCGUCCGUCGGGGCGGCGGCGACGACGACAGUGCUCGUCGGGCGUCGGCGACAGCCCUUUGUCGUGUCCCGACGUCUAUUGUGCAGCGCGAGUCCCUUUUUCCGGGACCAGCUGCAGCGCGGCUCGUGCUCCGCCAACAACAACACGGACGACCGGCCCGUGACGCUGUGGCUGCCGGGCGAGUCGGCGUCCAUGUUUGGCCUGUUUGUCGAGUGGCUGCGGGCGCCGCGCUCGUUCCGGUCGCACGUGGACGACGCAGCGGCGGCGGCGGCGGCCACGGGGCGCAGCACGGCGGCGGCGGCCGCCGUGCUGCACUGGGCGCUCGUGCGGCUGCACCUGUUUGCCGCGCACCUGGGGCUCGCGGCGCUGCAGGACCUGGCCAUGGAUGCCGUGCAGGACCUGUACCUGCGGCGCGACUGGGACAUGGCGCCGGCCGUGGUCACGUACCUGUACACGCGGUGCGAGGCGCGGCCCGCGGGCCGUCUGCGGCGCUGGGCCGUGGCCAUGGUGGCCUUUUCCCUCGCCGUCGCCGGCGAGUCGGCCAGCAGCAGCAGCCACCAGGAGGAGGACCACCACCACCACCCCGCGCCGCGCCUGCGCAGCAUGCUCGCCGCGCUGCCCGAACUCGCCGCCGACUACGCCGCGCACGUGCGCAGCAUGCGCGCCGCCGGGCUCGACAUGCGCUGGAAGAACCCGCAGCUGCGCAUCCCCGCCAACGCCCUGCGCAACGACGACCGCGCGUUUGGCUUCCGCGAGUGCUCGUUUCACUCGCACCGCGCCGCCGUCGGCCAGGGUCCGUGUCCGCAUGCCGCGAGCGGCUGGGGCGCGGCCGACACGGGGUCCAUGCUGGAUCUGGCCCAGCAGCAGCCGGAGGAGGAGGAGGAGGAGGAAGUGGUGGACGGCGACGAUGACGCCACGAGGCAGUGGGAAAAGGAGUGGGCGGAUGAGUUUUGGGGGCUCGAGGACGAGUACACGUGCACCACGAGCUUGCGGCCGCCGCCGCUAAGGAGGACGCUCACGGCGGCGAGUGUCAGGCCGUUGCUGUCCAAGUUUGGCAACCACGCCCGUAGUCCGUCCGUCGACGGCGUGUCUCCGACGUCGACAUGA